AGCCAUCGGAGAAAUAGGUGAAGUUUUUAAAGUUUGGUCCUACUGCAGUUUUAUUAUUCCAUUUGGCAAAUUUCGGUAAAAAAGACGGUCCUUUGUGGUUGAAACAGAUAGGUUCUGUCCCUAAAAAUCUUUGUUUUCAUAUCAUUUGAUAUGUCUAUAGUGUUAAUACGUCAGAAGGCAUGCUGUGAACAAGUCACGUUGAGAAUUGAGAAGGUUGACAUCUACGGGAAGCCCGUGGCGGCACGGAUGAACCGGAGAGAUAAACACACAAGCAAUCAAUAGGUAAUUACUCCACUAGUCACUGGAAACAUACUGGCUCGCCAACCAGGGAGCUGUAACCGUGUGCCUGGAUUCAACAACCGUACGCUAAUAACCCGGCAUCUGGGGCAUGCCUUUUGCCGCUACAAAAACAAGGGAAGGAACUCAAAUUUUCACUAAAUCAUGUCACGCGGACUUCCGACGGAGACUUUCUCUUUCCACGAUGGCUUAGCGAAAACGAGGAACCUCAUGGAGGACUCUGUUCUACAGAAAAAACUCCAGUUGAUCGAGCGAGAAAAAGCGUACGCGGCAAGAACCAUAGACCGCAAUGCGCGCAUGCUCAGACAGAGGCAAAAAGAGGUCGCCACAAGGGUAUCUGCGAUUCAGCGACGAAGAAUUCAUAGUGCUAGUUUACAAAGGAGAGCUGUUUCAUCCAUUUCCGAGGGGGCAAUACUCAUCAAGCGCCCACAGACUGCUUUAGAAAGUGGGCGCCAACGUAGUGCCAGCGAAAUGAUACCGUCACAUCAUAGUAAAAGCAAUGGUGCGGACGCGUCAGUCAGCAAUCUCACAGCAAGAACUCCUCACCACCAUCCACGGGUAAAAGACAAGAAGCGGUUUUCACUCUUUCUUUCUUCAGAGACUUCCAAAAAAGAGGAGUUCCGGAAGAAGAUUGACAACGAAAAGAUGUUGCAAUUGAAACUCCGAUCUGAAGUCCUGGGAUUUGUUAGGAGAGCGAUAGAAACAAAGGAAAAGAGAUCAAUGAAAAUAACAGAUGAGGGAGACGGCGAUCAAAAUAUACACACGGAAAAUGAUACCCAGAAAAAUGAAUCUCUUACUAGAGCGAAAGAUCCAGCGUUGAAAGCCUCUAGCAUGCCUUAUGAAGCUUCAGUUUGUAGCAACGGCAAACACGGCUUUCCUGAUGUUAUCAAAUACUUGAAAGAUUCGUCAAGUGGUUUCUCACAGGUUAAGGUAAUCAGCGCAAGAUCAUUUAGACAAGAAAAUGAUGAAUUGCAAAUACGGGACAAAAAGGCGUGUGCGAAAACAAGUUCCUUCAAGAAUAGCAUAAUCAAAGCGUGGCCGAGAAAUACAUCUUUAGCAGCAAGCUCUCGAAGUGUUAACGACUUUAGUACAGAAAGCAACAAUACCAACCCAGUAGCCAUGUUUACUUCUAACGUAAACAAUUAUCGAAGCUAUAGUGUCAAAUCUUCAAACAGCAUGAGAUCUCAGCAUGAGACUUUAAAUAAGAGCGCCGCAACAAAUGCAAACCAAAACUGUCAAAGAUUCAACAGCUCACAUCGAAUGUCUGAUGGUAGCAACAAGAUAGAACAGAAGACAAAAAACAAACGAGGGCGGAGGAUAUCAGUCGACUUGGGCCAGCUACAGUGCUUCAGCAAAAACUCUACCUACAGGGGAGGGGACAGUGAAGGGCACAGUAGAAGCAUGCGUAAACAGGGUGGAAUGAAAGAUGACGUCACCCCGGAUGAUCACGUGGUACGCCCACGGCGCUCACGCAAGGUAUCUUGUGGUAACACCAAUGAAAAGAACCUCACCACUAUUGACACCUCGUCCAGUGCAACAGAAAAAUGUCGCACUAAAGAAGAGCUGAUGACAAGGUUUGGGCGCCUAAGUUUUGUUCCCCGUAAAGUAUCAUUCAAGGGUAUUCACCCAGUUGAUGACCAUAAUUUACGUGAUGAUGUUGACGAUAGGACUUAUGGUUGUCAUGGUGAAUCUAAAUACGAUGAUAGUGAAAGUGUGAAGUAUCUGCCUGACAGUAGUGAUCAUGAUGACAAUCAUGAUGUUGGUUGUCUUGAUGAUGGCAUCAGCUUUGAAGAAAUUACAUUAGAAGAUCAGACAAAGUCCAACAAGGCUAGACGUGUAUGGAUAGCGCUAGCAUCUGAAGUGGUUAGAACCACACAAGCUCACUCCAAUCCACCAGAGAUAACCGCCCAAAGCAUCGAUGAACAGUAUGAACAAUUAACCCGGCACCAAGGGACAGGACAGAGAGAGGUGACGGAGCCCAUCAGGAAAUCGUCCACAUGGCAGAAUGCAUUCAAAACAGUAAAGACAGUCAACGAUUUUGUCACCCUAAUGCAGCAGGCUUUGAGACAAGAACGAACCCAACAAGAACGCUUAUGUGGUGAGGUUUGUUCCGAAACUUCCAUGACCGAGAUUUUUAAGGAAUUGAUAGGCUGCAGAUAUCUGCGCAUGCCUGAAUAUCUAGACUUGUAUAAAAAAAGACAGCAUGGUUGUAUUCAGCAAUAACGGAACUUUGUAAGGAGAUCACAAAGGUGGACCAAGGGGAGGAGGGUGGGGAUUGGGUGGCUAAUUUGAUUGUAUGUCGUGUACGCACUGUUUUUUAUUAUACAUCCUUUUUGGUAUGAUUUAUGAAUUUGGUAUGAUUUAUGAAUUUGGUAUGAUUUAUGAUUUAUGAUUUAUGAAAAUUUUCCGCAUACCUUUUUAUAAAGUCUGGAUACAAAGCAAAAUGGAAAUUAAACAUUCUUAGAAUAAAAA